UGUCACUAGAGCGAGUGCGUUGUCGUGCAAUACUUCUGUUAUUUUCGCGGAAAAUUUUUAUUGAUCGAAUACGAAAUUCCUCUCGAAUAGAUGACACAGAUAUGUGAAACUUUCUUGAAGAUCGAAUGGUGGUCGGUGUCAAGUGCGAUUAUGGCCAAGACAGUGGCAGGGCGGCCGGUGGCGGCGCGGUGAGAGCGCGGCCCGGUUGCGACCGGUCGGCCCCACUGCCGGCGCGCGCGCACACGCCGCUCUGCGCCGCCGACGUCGCGACGCUCGUGUGCGCUGCGCCCGUCUCCACAGCCGCGCCACCGCAUUUGAACCGUUGCAAUCGAGUUUUACAACAUUGCGAAUUCUUGAACGAUGGACUAACUAUGUUUUGCAUCAGUGUUGGACGUUUAUAACAGUGUUUGGUUGACUGUAAAUGCGUGACUGAAGUACUCUUGUGUUCUAUUUGGAAAUUUGGAUUCAUCGCGUCUGAUAUCGGUGAUUGAAAUAGGCGCGGGCGCGCGUUGUACGCGGCAUGGCGACUGAGGCGGCAGUUGAGGACUUUGUCACCAUUGUCCCUGUUGGUGAGGGCCGACCAGCGGUGCGGGACUCAGCCUUCGUCACUGUCCUUACUGUAGGAGCCGCAGCUGGAGCCGCUGAAGUUAUUGUGAAAAGGCCAAAAGGAGAGAGACUGGGACUGGGUCUAAAGUUUGAGGGUGGUUCUGCAGCUGCAGAAAAAGUGAGAAGGUUAUUGGUGCAAUCAUGUGCUGAAAACAGUCCAGCUGCAAAUGCUUGUGCACCAUGGGGAAAAUUAAUACCUGGAGAUGAGAUUUUAGCAAUAGAUGGGGUAUCGGUAUCGGAAUUGACGAGAAUAGACUGCGUACGACGGCUAAAGGAUUCAGAUGAGUCUUUGACGUUAUUAGUUCGUCAUUUUACUCCUGAUGGGAAAACAGAUAAAAAUAAAUGUAAUACGGAAAUCGGCAGUAAUUCGGGGGAUAAACAAAUUACAGACAUAUGUAGGCCAACUACAUUACCGCCUCCAGUACCCCCUCGAAAACUUGGCAAAAAAAAUUCAUUCAAAGACAAACCCACUCUUCAUACUGUUGGAGAGCAAAAUGGCGUAAACAAUGACGGAAAUAUGAUCAAUGAAAAAGAACUUAAUGGACAUAACGGUUAUAAUACUUUGACAAAAUUAUCUCGAAAGUCUUCCUUUGACAGUCAUAUCCACCGACAAAAUAAAGAAAGUAUUGCAUAUCUUAAAAAAGGUUCUCCUGAAGAAGUCCGGCGAUUAGUGCGUCGUCUGUCAGAUGGUAAAGCAAUGCCCCCAGAGGCAGAAGUUUACAUUGACAUACUUUCUAAUGAGUGGGAAAGAUGUGUAUUGUUGGCAGACGCGGAAUCAGACGACACUGGCAGUUCAAUAUCUACGGUGGUUGAUAGAUUGGGUUCCAUAACAAGUUCUGUGGAAAACAGCAUUCCAUCUACACCUACGAUGCAACCCAAAACGAUCGAUAUACAGAAAGUAUUAAAUUGUAUUGAAAAUAUUGAUUCCAAUAUUUUAAAAGACAUAUCUACGAAUAGAUUUCUAGAACGUCCGGUCGACAAACACGAAAUAAAUAAAGAAUUGAUAACUUCUGAAACAAUUAAAAAGGCGAACGUUAUUAGUGGUCAAGAAAAUAGUUCAGAGCUAUCUGAAGAAACUUUAUUAACAAUGCAGAAACUACAGUUUCACGAUAAUAACAAUAAUAAUACUAUAGUCAAUAAUAAAACGAAAACUAUUGAAACAAAUAUGGCAACUGAAACAAAUACGAGUGAAAAUAAACCAGAUUUAGUCCCAGAGAAGCCUAAGCCAAUGCCUAGAAAUACAAAAGUGGAGCGAUCAGCCAGUGAAAAGAAACCGAGAACAAUACCAGUACCAGAUAUACCUCCACCGCCGGUACCAGAACCUCUAUUGACUCCCACAAAGAAGAAUUGUAUUGAGACAUGGUUGCAGCGAUCUGAAGCGGAGAUGAAUAAUGUAGAUAAGAUAGAGGACAGUAUUGCACCAGAAGCUUUGCCGAGGCUUAUAGAUUUUGUGCCUAAGCCCCAGUUUAAAGAGUGCGCCGAGCCACCCCUAACUAGGCCCACCGCUCCUCCGCCGCCGCCUCCGACAGAAACGAGGGAAGAUGGCUCCGGGGCUUCACUUGACACAAUUGGCGAGCUGGACGAAUCAAUUGACGUCACCGACAAUGCGAAACCAGUGGUGGUUGAAAUCGAAACGAAAAAAAGGAAAUCCUCAUUUGAACGGAGCUUUUGGGAAGAUCGCGUUAAUAAAAGCGAUGCUGAAGACAAGAGCCUCUCGAACGAUGAAACACCGCCCCCGACAUGUCCUCGACAACCUCCUGACGGAGUAGAGACUCCAUCUGACGUCCUCGAGAAGAUGCCGGAACCGGCGACCCGGGUGCAGCCACGUGUCACAACUACCAGCUGGCCGACUUCUACCCGCACUCGCUUUUCAUACUUAUCAAGGACACAAGAUGCGAGAAGUGAAGCUAGUGUCAAAGAUAAAAUUGCUAUGUUUUCCAACGAUCAUACGGCUUCUACAGAUCGUUUGGACAAGUGUGGAACUUUACCAACACGUACUCCAGCGACAAGAAAGAGCACGGCUUCUUAUACUUCUAAUUAUCCAGAAGUAUCCACUUUAGACAGACGCCUUACUAGAUCUCAAGACAAUCUGGAUGAAGUUCCUCGGUCGUAUAAGCGCCAUGCGGAUAGACCAGAAGUACUAGGUGCUAUAGAAACUGUCCCUGUACGAAAUGUAAAUAUUACAAAAACGGUAGAUAGUAAACCUUUGUUUUAUGGCAGUACGACUACUUUACCAACAAAUGUCGAUACACAUUCGCCACCUCUAUAUCAUGCUCGUAGUGUAAGUGAUGACAAUGGAAACAAAAACGUACCUGUACACAAGUCAAAUUUAGAAUAUCUUAUAGAGCAACGUAAGAAAUCUAUGUCAAAAUUAAGAGGUUUAGUGAUAUCAGAAGUACAAGCACCUGUAGUAGAUCUGCCUGAAAUAAAAGUUCAAGAUAACUAUACGACUGCAUUUCUUCUUAACAAUAAUAAGAACAAUCAGAAUAUAGCUGCUAAAGAAAAUAUAACUAAUAACACGAAACCGGGAGACGUUAUUGAAACGAAAUGGAAAAUGGCACUAACUUCUAAUAAUAUUCCAAAAUAUUCACCAGCAUUUAAAAGAAAAACAUUACAAGUAUACACACCUGUGUCUUUAUCAAAAGAAUCUACACCUGAACGUAAAUUUGGUGAAAAAGUAAAUUUAAUCAAUAAUCUUAAUAAAAAUAACUCAAGACCAUUGAGAGCAUCAUUGUGUACUAAUGUUGAAGUCUCACGUCUACCAUCAACGUUGAUAUAUCAGUCUAGCAUAAAAAACUCUUUAAAUAGCAACCAGAAAGUAUACAACAAUAAUUUUACAAGGGACUUUAAAAAUGUGGAUAUCAAAAUUUGCACGGCUACAGAUGUAGUAGACAGCGAUAAUGACUCAGCAAUGAGUUCAACACAGUCAAGUUACAGAUCAUCAGCUUCAUCACCAAUGCAUAAUUUAGAUACUAUGGAAUCGGAUAGUUCUCGUCUUUCUCCGAAAAUAUCGAACUACACAUCGUAUUCACUAGCGAAAUGUGAGAUUCCCACUAAAUCUUCUAUUGUAGAGAAGAGUUGUGAGGAAUAUGUAAAACGCAGCGUAUGUCGAUCAGUAUCAUCAGAUACAAAUGUUUCACUUUGUUCAUCAGCAGGUUCAGCAGCAACGUCUGGCUCUCAAGCUAGUUGUAGUUCCCUAGAAAGCUCUGUUGCUGAUUCAGACAAAAAGAGAGUUGUCAAAGCCUACAAUAUUGAUACAAUAAAUAGACGUAACAUUUUAGCGUCUGCUAAAUGUAGAAGUGGUAGAGAUGAUAAACUUAAAUCUCCAGUUAUUGAAACUAAAUUUUCUCACGAGUCGCCUGAUAGAUCUCCGAGUCCUACUUACAAAGCGUCUGAACGCCUUUCUACACUCACUUCCUCGGUGAGUGCUAUAUCGAAUAAAGGCGAAAAUAGACGACGUAAUAAAGUUAUUGCUGAAACAGAUUCGGAUAGUGAUAGUGAUGUGAACGUUCGCCAAAGAAAAAGCGACUACAAAAAUACUAGGCUUAAACGGAAUUCAAGUUCAUCAAAUAAAAAUAAAAACAUUGAACUAAAUAGCGAAAUUACAAAAAUUGAUGGUGCGUCUAAAAACAUGAAAACAGAGCCAGUUUUUAGAGAAAUCAAGAAAACAGGAACUGAAAAUCAUAUAUAUAAAGGAACACUUUCAUUGAGCGAUAAUAACGAUACAAAAAAAUAUAUAACUAAAGAUGAAAAGAUAAUAAAAUCGGAUAUUUCAUCUUACCGAAAUAAUAAUAAUAAUAAUGGAGAGAAUUCUAUACAUCUAGCGAAAAAAAUAUCCAAUAAUGUAGAUGUCAAGAGUGAAUUAAAAAAAGAUUUUUCACAGGAAAAAUCUGAUUGUAGUUCAAUGGAAGAUACGUUGAUGCCAACAUACACCAUACAAUUGAAACGCGGCUCUUCUUCAGGAGUGGGUCUCAUUUUGGCUGGUGGAAUUGAUUGUGAAGCUAAAGAUGUUACGGUUCAUCGCGUGUUAGCAGAUAGCGUGGCUGAUAAGGCUGGGCUGAAGCGGGGUGCCAAAGUAAAGAGUAUAAACGGUUAUUCAAUGACUGGACUGACCCAUGCUCAAUCUGUUACUAUACUCAAGGAACAACGUUCGGAAGUUUUGAUAGAGAUCGAGCAUGAAACACGAAAAAAUGCAACUGAAACGAUAAGCGGCUCUGAAAAUGCGGAGUCGAAGGUCCGACAUGAGGAUGGUACGGACACAGUGGACGGAGACAAAGGCACGGUGGUUACCGUGAUGCUAGAAAAGGCUGGAGGCGGUGCCGGCCUUGGCUUCGGGCUGGACGGUGGUCGGGACUCGCCCAAUGGUGACCGGCCGCUUACCAUCAAAAAACUAUUUGCAGGAGGCGCAGCAGCGCAAAGUGGACGUAUUCUGGUCGGCGCAGAACUUCUGUCAGCGGGCGGACAGAGUAUGGAAGGCUUCACUCGGACACAAGCGUGGGCUGCGCUUAAAGCCCUGCCCGCCGGACCAGUAGCCCUCGUACUCAGGAAUCCAAAAACUACGUAAAAGCACCUUCUUAAAUUUUCAUGAAUACUACUUGGAGGGAAGGGUGGGUGGUCUCCUGAAUUAGGUGACGUGUUGAAACCCAGUUAGCACUCAACCUAACAAGAGUCAUUUAUCUGCGAACGUUUGCCGAAGGGGAAAAUAAAAAGACGUUGAUUGCUGACAGCAUUCAAUUUGGUAAAGUGUGCCAAAAAUAGGGCCGCCCGCGGCGUCUCGCUCCUGCAAAUUGUACCUACUGUAUGCUUAGUUCAUUACUCGAGAAUGAUUCGACGUGUUUUGUUUGUAUAUAUCGUUAUUCCCUUAAACGAAUUCAUAUUAUUCUUGUAAGCAUAAUUUUUAAGACUGCCUUUUAUAUUGUUGAAAUUAUUUAUAAAAUCGGUUAAUCUAAUGCUAGUCUGAAUAUUAAGGGAAGUGUGACGUUUACAGUCCAUUUAUGUAGGCUUCGUACUCGUACUUAAAAUUAAAUCAAAAUUAUUCACUGAAUAUUUUUAAGUGCCAUUUGAAGAUGUCAAAAAAAUAAAAAUUCUGUAAUUAAGAACUAUAUGCUAAGAACCAUUUCAAAUGUUUAGGAACUCAUUAAUCAUUUAAUUUCUUUAGUUAUAAUAAUAAAAUUCAUUUGAUCGUCAUAUUCAUUUUAUGGAUCAUGAAAGUAAGUAUCUUUAUUACCCAUUUAACUACUCACAGCUAUUCGGUUUUAUAUAGUGGUACGUAUGCUACAUAUGUAUGUGUACAUUAAUCGUGCACAUAGCUUAUAUACGCAUGAAAAAUUUUCAGCAGACAACGAAAUUAUUAGUUAGUUACUCGUAUUUACAUUUGAAAAUCCAUUCAACUGUUAUGAAGAAAUGUCUACUUACGUUAUCUUGCAAUGCUAUGCUAUAUUGAUACGUUCAUUAUAGAAUUGUUGUGGAAUUUCGGGACAAUUAACUGUUAUAACCAGGUGGCCUGUGCUACAAAUUAGUAAUCUUAUGUAUUUUUUCAAUCUAACUCGUAGUCUCAGAGUUAUUCCUGUUUUUCAGAGAAAAAUCUCGCAUUCGUCAUCAUAGUAAAAUGGCAAUAUAAUUUUUAUCCGUAAACUUCGAUUUUUAUUUUCUAUUUGGAUCUGUAUUAUCGCUUGUAAUAUCAAUAUUUUUAUUAAGUAGAAAAACAGCUUUUACAAUGUAAUAUUUGGUUAUAUUGUAAAAACUAUUUUUGAUACAAAGCCCUAUCUUACCACUAAUUUGUAGACUUAUUUUGUUGUAAAUAUAAAUCUUUGUUUUUAUGCGUAAAUAUUUUACUAAUACUAAUUUUUGUCAUUUAUUAUACAGUGAUCAGAUCAACGAAUAUUGUAAAUGAUCUAUUUAUGUUCUACUGGCAUUGUGCUCCUGUAUUUAAUUAAUCUUGAAGAAAGAAAAUAUAAUCUUCCAUGA